GUAUGAGUGGUGGGAGGGAGGGAGGGGAGCAGGGGUGAGGAGGGGAGACAGAUACACUACACCAGGACACAAACAAACACUGGACUUCUGCCGCCCUUUGACUAAUUUUUCCCCCCAGAGGGAUGAACGCUGCUGAUGUGUCAGAUGAAGACGAUCUCCUGGACUAUGACCUUCAGAUGAUGAUCCAGGAGUCAUGUCAGAGGGAACAGUCCACAGGACCAGGCAGGGCCGAAACCAUGAAGGUUUUCAACGCCAUCGAGGAAGGUGACUUGUUGGCUCUGAAUGAGCUCUGUGAUUUCCCAGCAGCCUUCAGUCAGGUGGAUGAGAAUGGCUGUUACCCUCUGCACAGGGCAGCAGGGCGGCCGCUGCUCUCUGUUUUGGAGUUGGUGCUCUACGCUUCUUUCAGCCUGACCCUGGAGGAGAAGACAGCAGAAGGUGAGACCUUCCUCACAUUAGCAGUGAAGGCAAAUUUGGUGGAGAAUGUGAAAAUGCUGCUGGAACACGGAGCGUCUCCUCACACCACCAACGGAAGGAACCAAUCUCCACUGCUCUUAGCGGUCCAAGCCGGCUCUCCUCAGGUGGUCUCCUGCCUCCUGGCUGCAGGAGCUAAGGUUGAGCAGGUGUGUCUGAAGAAGUGGACAGCCAUGCACGAGGCCUCCAGGGGGGGCUGCGUCCACAUCAUGGAACUCCUGCUGCAGAAGGGAGGACGGGUUUCAGAGACAGACCAGCAUGGUGUGACCCCUCUGGGCAUCGCUGCAGAAUACAGCCACCCUGAUGUUCUGGAGCUGCUCAUCAAACAUGGAGCUGAUGUAAAUGCUCAGGCCCCCAACGGCGACAGCGUCCUCUACGAUGCUGCAGGUUCUGGGAAUCCCGACUGUAUUGACCUCCUGCUACAGCACGGAGCAAAUCCCAACGUCCAAAAUCUCAGCUUCCAGUUGCCAAUUCACCGAGCAGCGUAUGAGGGACACCUCCUAGCUUUAAGAAUUUUGAUCCCCAUCACCACUCGACGUGCCCUGAGGUUGACGGGUCAGAGCCCGGUCCACUCUGCUGCUGAUGGAGGCCACGCCCACUGCCUGGAGCUGCUGUUGCAGAAGGGUUUUGAUGUCAAUGCCAUUUUAGCCCCACACAUCUCUGAAAACUAUGGCGAUUUGAGGAGAAGCCCACUGUACUUCACCGUCUCCAAUGGAGAUGUGACCUGUACCGACCUGCUGCUGAGGUCGGGGGCCAAGCCCGACCUGGAUCCGCUGCGCUGCCUCCUGGUGGCCGUUCGGUCGGGACGCUACGAGAUUGUGAAGCUGCUGCUGGCAGCUGAAGCAGAUGUGAACUGUUACUUCACGGCGGUGAACGACACAGUAUUUCCUACAGCUCUGCAGUACUGCCUGAAGGACGAAGUGAUGAUGAGGCUGCUGCUCAACCACGGCUACGACGCCGAGAAGUGUUUCCUCUGUGAUCACCGCGACGAGUUGGACGAGUCUGGGUACUCCCAGCAGCAGGAGGACAAAGUCACUUUCUGUGAGUUCAUCAGCGUCUCCUGGCUGUUGAACCUGGUGGGCCGGGUCGUGUCCAUCCUCCUGGACUACGUUGGUCAGGUUUCUCUCUGCAGUAAACUGAUGACGAUGCUGGAGACACGUAGAGAGUGGCCGCACAUUCACAGGACCAUAGGAAGUCCUCGUUCACUGUGUCACCUGUGCAGACUGGUGAUCAGGAAACACCGCAGCUGCAGAGACCUGACGUCCAGCCCACUGCCCACCAGGCUGAAGGACUACCUGCUGUUCAAGGAGAACGACCUGUACUCCAGAAUCAUCUGCAGGGACGACUGAGGAGACGAUGGAGAGGACGGCUGUCCCUGACUCAGGCUCAAACAUAAGCACUGUGUUUUAUGUAUCUUUUAUUUGUAUAAGUCACUCUCAGAGUCUUAAUUCUUAAAACCAAACAUGACGACGGAGUGAACUCACUAAAACCAACAGUAUUACAAGUCGCUGGUGCUAGACCUCAGUGUGCAGAUAUGGACACUGUCUUUCUACUGUCUUGAGUUUUUCAUUUCAAAUUCAGUAGUUUGGGUUUUUGUUUCUAAUCUUUACAUCCGCCUUUGCUAUUGUGUGUUUUUGUAAACUGGAAGAUUUAACAAAGGAAUGGACUGUUUCAGGUAAACUCUAAUGUUGGUGUAAAAUUAAAUGUUAAUGUAUCACAAACACUCUACACAACAGAAUAAAAAUACACACACAGAUGCCACGUAUCUGCAAAAUUAUUGACAGAAAUAAUACUUUAAAUUAGGGAAA